UCUGAACUUGGUUCCGGGGCAAGGUCUUUUCUAGGAUCAUAGUUCAAUUCCCUCCACUAUACAUCUUCUUCCAAUCUCCUAGCUUGUCAUUCAACAGGUGAUCGUCUUUUCCAAGUAUUUCCUGUCAAAUCGCCUAUCCAACCCCCACCAUGGCCACCAACACCAUCCCUCAUAAUUCGUUCGACACGAUUCUCGUGUUGGACUUUGGAUCCCAAUAUACCCACCUUAUCACCCGUCGUCUGCGCGAGAUCAAUGUCUACUCCGAGAUGCUCCCUUGCACCCAGAAGCUGGCCGAUCUAGGAUGGAAGCCCAAGGGAGUCAUUCUCUCCGGUGGUCCUUACUCCGUCUACGAGAAGGACGCCCCCCACGUCGACCCUGCCUUCUUUGAGCUUGGAGUUCCUGUUCUCGGUAUCUGUUACGGACUCCAGGAGAUCGCCCACCGCCUGCACGCGGACAACGUCGUUGCAGGUGUUUCCCGCGAAUAUGGCCAUGCCGACCUGAAGGCCACCAGAUUCGGUGGCCAUGUCGACAAGCUCUUCGAGGGCCUCGAAGAUGAUAUGACUGUGUGGAUGUCCCACGGUGAUAAGCUCCGCAACCUGCCCGAGGGAUUCCACACCAUCGGUACUACCGGGAACUCUGAAUACGCGGCCAUUGCCCACCAAACGGAUGCCGUUUAUGGUAUCCAGUUCCAUCCUGAAGUGACUCACACUCCUCAAGGAGGACAGCUUCUUAAGAACUUCGCUGUGGGUAUCUGCGGUGCGGAGCAGAAGUGGACCAUGGCAGAAUUUAUCGGCCAAGAAAUCGCAAGAAUUCGUUCCCUCGUUGGUCCUAACGGCCAGGUUCUAGGUGCCGUCAGCGGCGGCGUUGAUUCCACGGUUGCUGCCAAGCUGAUGACAGAGGCCAUUGGCGAUCGAUUCCACGCCGUUCUGGUCGAUAACGGCUGCAUGCGACUAAACGAAUGCGCUAAGGUCAAAGAGGUUCUUCAGGAGCAGCUGGGUAUCAACCUGACUGUUGUCGAUGCUGGAGAACAGUUCCUUGCUGGUCUGAAGGGCGUCCACGACCCUGAACAGAAGCGCAAGUUCAUUGGAGGGAAGUUCAUUGACGUCUUCGAGGACGAAGCUAAGAAGAUUGAGGCCCAGAACGCCGGAAAGGUGGAAUGGUUCCUGCAGGGCACUCUUUAUCCUGACGUCAUCGAGAGUAUCUCUUUCAAGGGACCCUCCCAGACCAUCAAAACCCAUCAUAACGUCGGCGGUAUCGCUGAGCGCCUGAUGCGUGGCCACGGCCUCAAGCUCAUCGAACCCCUCCGCGAGCUGUUCAAGGACGAAGUCCGCGAACUAGGACGUCAGCUCGGUAUUUCUGCUGAGCUGGUCGGCCGUCACCCUUUCCCUGGCCCUGGUAUCGCCAUCCGUGUUCUCGGCGAAGUCACCCCCGAAAAGGUCGAAAUGGCCCGCAAAGCAGACCACAUCUUCAUCUCCAUGAUCCGCGAGGCCGGUAUCUACGAUGAAAUCGGCCAGGCCUACGCUGCGUUGGAUCCUUCCCGCGCCGUCGGUGUUAUGGGCGACAAGCGUGUGUACGCCAACAUUAUCCUCCUCCGUGCCAUCUCCACCAAGGACUUCAUGACUGCUACCCCUUACCCAUUCACAUACGAAUUCCUGUCCAAGGUCUCGACACGCAUCGUGAACGAGGUUUCUGGUGUGUGCCGGGUCUGCUACGAUUACACCAGCAAGCCUCCUGGUACCAUUGAGAUGGAAUAAUUGGCGCGGGAGAGCUGGUGGAUCGAGAAAAAGUUACACCCUAUAUUACGAAUAUAAACUACAUCAUGAGUUAUGCUUAGUUAUUAUCUUGAUCUUGACUUGGUAGUAGAGAAUAUUAUUAUUCAAG